CACUUUCAGCUGGCCAGUAGAGAAUUCUCCACCCGUCUUAAUGACCCCCUCCCGUCCAUAUUCAUACUCCUAACCUCAACCUCCUCCCGUCUUGACACCAACACUCCUGCCAUCCACACCCCCAACCCGCUGGAAGAUCUGCCAUCUGAGUGUUGGGUGGGUUUUGCACUUCCCGGGACCUGAGUCCAGUCAUAGGCACUGAGGGAUUUGUAAACUUGUGAUCAAGACUGAGAUCCUUCUUCCCUGUUUGGUAUUUAUAGGUACUUCUGAUCCCAGGAUUACAAAAGAAACCCGUCAUGCCUCUGGGAACACCUGCCCCCAUAAACAAGCGGAAAAAGCUUUCCAAGAUCAUAACCGACCUAUCACAUAUCAGCCAGAAUGAAUUUGAAGCCGAGCCAGAAGCAUCAGAGUUCGAUCUGGGAACGAAGAUCAGAACUCCCAAAGACAUUAUGCUGGAGGAACUUUCCCUGAUGAAGAACCGAGGCUCCAAGAUGUUUAGGAUGAGGCAGCAGAGAGUCGAGAAGUUCAUCUACGAGAAUAACCCUGACAUCUUCAGUAGUGAGUCGAUGGACAAUCUCCAGAAGUUUGUUCCAUCUCUGGGAGGUCAGAUGGGAGGUCAGAUAAUUAAUGUUGGUGGACACCAUGUUAGUAAAGAGUAUGGACAUCCAUAUUUAGGAGUGAUACACAUGGGAAGAGCCCCCGUGCCUCCUCCAAAGCCCGGAAGUAAAGGUGCAGGGGGAGCUGGAGGUGUAGGAGGAGGUGCAGGAGGAGGUGCAGGAGGACUGGCGGGGGACGGUACAGGUGUAAGAGGAGACGGAUUGAGUGAUGGGUCUCUUCUAAAAGAUGGUGGCAAAGAUGGUGGCACCAAGACAGAGAUUCAUGUGAAGACAUACAUGUCACCAUGGGAGAAAGCCAUGAAGGGAGAUGAAAAUCUGUUGUCCACUUUAAAAUCUGCAAUGCCAGGUCCCAUUGCCCCAAAGGAUAUCCUCAAGUACAAGAGUUUUAACAGGACUGCAAUGCCUUUCGGAGGCUUUGAAAAGGCCAACCAGUUUUUGAAAUUCCAGCUGCCAGACACAGAGGCAACUAAACAGGAGCCUGAACCUGCCGUGGUGUACCAACAUGACAUUGGCUGCCGGCCCUCCUUCAACCGUACUCCUAUUGGCUGGGUGGGCAGCAGUGAGCCCAGUAGCAUUCACAUGGAGACGGAUGCUGUGCCUUUUGAUGGAGAAACCGAUGAGCUGUGAAAACAUAAACAUACUGUGCACAUACACACAUGCUAGCGUGAAUGUAUGGAUAAACUUUAGCACAUGCACAUAAAUGAUUUUAAAAUUUGAGUUUAAAAUUUUCCGUUGUACUGAUGAAUAUGAACGUCUCAGAGAGGAUAAAUGAAAGUGUACAUGACUUUGUCAUGCUUCCAUCUUGUUAUGUAUUCAGCUGAAAGGCAAAGAAACAAGCUGCAGGUGUUAUGUUGAGAGGAAAAAUCACAUAGUUUCAGCUUUAUUCGGCCGUAUUUUGUCUGAAAAAAGUAGAUGUCAGUGAGGAAAGAGCUAAUCGUGUGGAAAGGACAAAGGUUUAUGCUGUCACACUCGUGCAUGCUGUCUUGAUGUGAACUUACUGCCAUACUUGUCGUCUCUUGUUACCUUUUUUGUUAAGAUUCUCAGAUCAGUUAUAGAGCUAUGGAAUCCCCAGACCUGUCUAAUUCACUGUCCAUGCUUUUGCUGACAAGCACUGCACCAAAACAGUUUCACAACAAUAAAUCAUCACACUCCUCCUGUUGUGUAUUCAAAACCUUGACUUUAUGAUGACCAAGAUUUCUUUUGCCUGAGAGAAAAUAACUUUUUUUGCGCAAAUCAAUAAUUAUCAUAGUAGCUUUAAGGUAAAGAUGUGAUAUCAAGAUGUAUUUGCUCUUCUGUGCUCUGCACAACAAACAGGAAGUUUACUCCACAGAGUCUGUGACAUGAGUUUUGCUGAAUAUCUUUUUUUGAAUAAGCAGGUCAAGACUAACCCAAGCUAAUUCAUAAACUGUUAGACAGUUUGAAUGUGUCUAUUUCCCCCUUUUUUAUAACCAAGGAGGAUAGAUACGAACAACAGACAAACCACAUAUAAAGAUACAUUUAAUAAAAUUCACACACAUAUCCGCAAACACAAAUGACAAUUAUGAGCAUACUAAAUCAACACUAUCCUUAACUGUACUUCAAAAUAUUGGAAUACAGCACUCGGCUCGGCGCUCCCGCACAGUUGGGGGCGAUACAUUUUUUUGACACGACGAAACAAGAAGAAAAUACGAGACAGAAGAAAACAGCACCUUUGAAUGAUACCGGGAUCGAUGAAAGCAGGUUACUUUUAAAUCGUGAAGUCUAACGACGUGAAGUCUCAGUAACAGCCACGAAAUGGACACCAGCCCCAAAUCAUCUGGUCUUUUAUAGCUUUAAAGGACUUUACCCUAUGACAGCUAAGUCACAGCCCAAGGUGUCGCCCUUGCCAUGGACAGAGACCCUUCUGUAUUGGGUCCUGUCCUUUGGUUCUCAUCUGUACUCUUUUUACCACCUUCACGUGUUUUCCAAAGAACAUGAAGCUGGGUUAGUGAGAGAAUUGCAGUUGGAAAAGGGCUUUCUUAAAGGUUGGAAAAGGGACCCAUCAGACUUUGAGUGGAGUCUCUGGACUGAACAUGCCAAAAAGUCUUUAAUGUGGACUCUUGUUGCUCAUGGGGUCAUAUCAAGAUUGGCCGGCAUCUUUUACCCAAAGCUGAAGGUACCAGCCCUCGCCAUAUAUGGCCUCCUAGCUGCUGGCAGACAGUUGGGGGUUAAAGGUGUGAGCGUGCUGCUGGUACAUCUGGGUGUGUCCUUCACAGUGGCCCAGCUGAGAAAGCCAGCUUUGUCCUGGAUAAGUAACUUACUGCUGCUCUCCACACUUCACUAUCAGCCACUCCAAGAAAUUCAGAGGGGCUGGUACAGCACAGAGGAGGAGUAUUAUCUGCUGCUCUUCAGCACCGCUGUCUGUGGCCUGCGCUUCAUCAGCUUCAGCCUGGAGCACUGCUGGAACCCUGCGGACCACGGUGGACUCGUACAGCUCCUUUGGUUGUUUUCAUACACCUUCUAUCAUCCCUUUUUCUACAAUGGACCCAUCAUCACUUAUAAAGCAUACACGGAGCAGAUGCAGAGGUUUGCUGAGGAGGGCAACAAGGAUGAAUCUGCCCUCAGAUACCUGCUGCUCAGAUCAGGACGGAUCAUACUGUGGUGGUGCAUAGCAGAAUUCAUGAUACACAGCAUGUACAUGCACUCCAUCCAAUCCAAUGAGACCUACAUUGAAAUACUUCCACCCUGGGCCCUGGGUGGUCUGGCCUUGGCUCUUGUCCAGUUCUUCUAUGUGAAGUAUCUGGUGUUAUUUGGGUUUCCGUCCAUGCUUGCUACUCUGGACGGACUGGUCCCUCCAAAGCUGCCUCGCUGUGUCAGCAUCAUGUACAGUUUCACAGGGAUGUGGAGGCACUUUGAUGAGGGGCUGUAUCGAUGGCUCAUCAGAUACAUCUACGUCCCACUGGGAGGUUCACGGCACGGCCCUAUUUACAAAGUGUUAUCCACUGGCCUGGCGUUUGGGUUUGUCUGCCUCUGGCACGGUGGCCAUGACUACCUACGGUACUGGGCUCUGAUGAAUUGGGCUGGAGUUCUGGUGGAGAAUAGCCUGAAGUCUCUCUUUGCCUCCUCCUUUGUUCAGCCAAUGGCUGAGCAGAAUCUCUCCAUGGUGAUGCAGAGACGCUGUGUUGCCCUUCUCUCUGCUUUCUCAACUGCAAUGCUCAUCCUGUCUAAUCUGGUGUUCCUUGGGGGUAUACAUCUUGGCAGAAUCUUCUGGAAGCGUGUCUUUGUUCAAGGCUGGUCCACCAUCGCCCCGCCAAUGCUUGCUUUUCUCUACUGCUUUGCUCAGAUUGGACUUGACUGGACUUCUCACCCAUCAUGAGUUGCCUUGACUUGGUAGGAGAGAAUCUCAACUACCAGCUCCUCACUCUCACUAGCCGGAGCCUCCAGAGUGCACCUGGCCCUGAGCCACAGAAACCGCCCAAACAUGGCUUAAGUGCAGCUGCUCUCCAAAAUCUGCAAGACUGCUCAAAAUAUCUCCAGUACAGGGAAAGGAAAGAAUCCUGUACUGUGAAAAAUGAAUGUGCACACAGCUGUAAAGAAAGGGGAGACGCAGCUUCUCAAUCCAUUCUGUAAUAGCAGCCUUAAGGCACCAUUUUCUACUCAUUAAGCCUCAUCAAAUCUGUAAAGAGACUGUAAAAAGAAUGUAAACUGAGUCUGUUUUGGUCACAUGAGCCUGAUAAGGUAUUGCUCAGUGGUGCAGUAAACUGGAGAAAUUUCAUGUUUGCUGCCCAUUUUAGCUUGCUAUGCAAUCAAAUUUAGCCCAUAGGUGAAGAACAGAGUGGAAGGAACCUGUUCAGCGUAAUAUUUUUCCUUCUCUCAGCUGAAUCCCAUUAGUAAUGCUAAUAAGAUUUAGUGACUAUACACUAGCAUUUUGAGACACUAACACUGUUCUAGAACUGUAUCCAAAUCACAACUUUUCAGUGCCACAGCUAAGUUUAGCCAAGUUUUUUUAUUCAAUGUUUAUUUUUUGGUCCUAUAUUUAUUAAGUAAAUGACAAGAUGUAGUAUGUUUUGAUAUUAAAGAUGAUAACUUUCUUAAUCUCCAACGGGAAAUUAUACUGCUGCAGUACAAUAAUGAUUAAAAUGUGUUUGAUAAAGAAAGGAAAAA